GGUCAACGGUGCGGAAGCGGGUAAUGGCGGCGUAAACAACGCAAAGUUCGGAGCAAGAUACUGCUUAGUCAAAUCGCUGCAGAAAAUAAAACCUGAAAAUAAAGCUAUAAUUAAACGGAGCAUGUAGGAGGAUUUCUGCUCGGUGUGCAACCUAACAACCCCCACCGGUUUAGUUCUUUAUGGUAUUUAACCGCUAGUUUCGGCUAACUUUAGCCAAGUUUGCUAACCUAACGGAAAAGUAAGUUAGUAACGUUAUUUAACUUAGUUUGUAGAAAUGGACUGCGUCGUGACGGGAGGAAACGUCAAAGUGCUGGCCAAAGCCAUCCAUUCUCUGUCCAGGAUCGGUGAUGAGCUGUAUGUGGAGCCUCAGGAAGACGGGCUGGCCCUGCGGUCUGUGAACUCUUCUCGGUCGGCAUAUGCUUGCUUCCUGUUCACACCACUCUUCUUCAACAGGUACACCAUCCCCAGUGGGCACACCUUCCGUUGCAAGAUGGCAAUAAAGAGUGUGCAGGCCGUAUUCAGGUCUCUAGCGUCCCUGGAGAAGACAGUGGAAAAGUGUCACAUCCAGCUGGAUGAGCAGAAGAACCGCCUCACCUUUACCCUACACUGCAAACAUGGCCUCCUGAAGACACAUAACCUGUCUUUCCAGGACAGCGAAAGCUUACAGGCUGUAUUUGAUAAAGACAGCUGUGUAAAUGUAUUCAGAUCCCAGCCAAGGUUGCUGGUGGACACAGUUGUGCACUUCCCUCCGUCUGUGGAAGAAGUGACCGUGUCAGUGAGCGAUGAGCGGAUGUGGAUCAGGAACCAUGUGGAGGAUGAAGCAGAACAGUCCAAGGCCAUGCUGACAGAGCUGUGUCUGGCUUCAGACGAAUUUGACCAUUUUGCUGUCCAAGCUCACAACAGCGUCACCUUUUGUCUGAAGGAGUUACGGGGUUUGUUAGUGUUUGCAGAGUCUACUGGCCUCCCAAUUUCUAUGUACUUUGAUGAACCGGGCAGCCCUGUAGUGCUUUCAGUAACAGACAGUGUCCUUGAGGGGAACUUUGUGUUGGCCACGCUUUCUGAUGACUCCACCCACCGUAAAAAACACUCUAGACGAGCACACACACCGCCGCCUCCGCCCCCUCCUGAUGACUUCAUGAAUGACGACAUAGACUCCUACCUCAUUGCCAUGGAUACCAGUAUUGCGCCAGGUCCCUCAGCUAGAAGUCCGCCCACGCCCCCAUUAGCUGCUUCCACAUGUUCAAAACAGCCUGCUGCAGCCAAUCACAGGACGAGGCUGCACAGUGAGGAGGAGGAGGAGGAGGAGGAGGAGGAGGAUGGAACGGCUGAUUCAGACAGACCACCUAAUAAGAAGUUCUGUUCCCUGUUCUUUGGAUCUGUGCUUCCACUGUCGUCUCAGAUGACCACUCAACCGGUGACAAGUCAGGAAGUGUUGGCCAGUGACAGUGAGGAUGACACUCAAGCAGAGUGACAGUGGACUGAUGGAUAGAGAGGAGAGAGAUGGACUGACCUGAAAGUGUGUGUGUGUGUGUGUGUGUGUGUGUGUGUGUGGGGGGGGGGGUUAUGUUGGCCACCCUGAACCCUUAUUUACCGUCUUUAACGGCCUCUACAACUGAUGUACAGGGAUUUUUUUUCUUUUUACAAAAAUAUGCAAAGACAUACAGAACAGGAUGGCCAAUGCGAGUAUAUUCCAACUUUAUAUUGGACUAAUAACAUUCAUGGUGGAUUAUGUGAAACUGGACACGAAGCACUUCCUGUUUAUUUUUGUUUGUUCAGUUUGUGAUCGAGGUGCGACAAAAAAGCUCUUCUAAAUAAAAGAAAUGUAUUUUUUUCAAGGUA